UAAACUAGGAUUGAGUUGAGAGAGUUGCAAAGUCGUUACUUCGCGAUGUACAGUUAAUACAGCGACGCUUCUUGCCUUUUGUUGGUUAUUUUUGCCUAACGGACUUUUACUACUUUUAAUUAUCAAAACAUUGGCUACGUUGGCAGUUAUGACUUUAAACUGCCAAGCAGCCGUCCAAGGACGAGGGCAGCGUGGUGCGUUCAGGGACUAGCUGGCCGACUGGAGCGCCUGUGAACGGCUGCUCCAGCUGCUGGGAUGCUACGGAAGAGCAGCAGCAGCAGCAGUGCUGGAGGUGGAAGUGGGACAAAGCACAUCCAACAGCUGCCACGGCACCACUCCAAACCACACCCAGAAUCUCUAUCCCCUGGAUCUGCCAAGGCCUGGGCCACUAUGGGUCGUGCCACCAGGAACCCCAGCCCUCUGAGCAGCAUGUGGCUGUCAUCCCGCUUGAUGGGAUCCCCUGGUGUGGACCCAGACUAUGUCAUGCAGCUGGUGAAUGAUGUGCGGUGGUUUGCUGAUGUGCUGAUCAGACUCAAGGAUGCUUUUCAGCAGCAAGAUAACAUGGAAGGGCUUCAGGAGGUGGUAAAGGAACGUUUAGCUGAGUUAAUUCGUGUCCUCAAGACGGUAAUUAGCAAACACCAGACCCUCAACUCUGUGGACAUCCUUGGAGCAGCUGGCAUGGUCAUUGCUAAAGUCAAAGGCAUUAACUUCGAGGAAGUGAACCCUGAAAACAAACAAGCAUUCGGCGAGAUACACACAUCCAUUGACAUUUUGGCAUUCACGUUCGGCAAUGUAGUUUCUGACUUCCUUAUGGGAGAUGUGGACAGCAGCUCAGGGUUGGGGAACCCCCAGACCAGGAGAAGCAGAUCCUUUGACAACCUCUCUGUGGAUCCUGAAGGGUAUGUUCCAGAGAGAAGUAAUCUUGUGGGUCCAGAGGUGCCACUGUCAAGAGAGGAAGAAGUCGACUUGACCCUGCUGAAGAACGACAGUGGGGUAGAGUCUGCUCUUCUUUAUGCAAAGGCCUGGUCCAAGUACAUCAAAGAUCUUCUGGGAUGGAUGGAAAAACGAGUAGUUAUGGACAUCGAGAAUUCUAAAAGCUGUGCCAAACUGGCUGAAUCUGCAAAGACCUUGGCCAGUCAACAGGACUUCAUGCCAUUUAGUGAUAUCUACAUUUCCACAUUCAAGAAGGACAUAGAAUACAACCAGCUCAUUAUUCAGACUGCAGUCGCUCUUCAAACCAAUAAAUUCAUACAGCCUCUUUUGGCUCGUAAGAACGAACUGGACAAGUUGAGGAAAGACCUCAAGGAGCAAUGGCAGAGAGAGCAAAAGAAAAUGCAAGAGGCUGACACAACCCUGCGGAAGGCACGAGCGCUGAACACACAGAGGAGAGAGGAGUACCAGAAAGUCCACUCGUCUAAAAGCCGCUCCCAGGAGGAGCAGCCGAACGCUGGCAAUAAGCAGAUGGAGAAGAAGAGGAAGCUCCAGGAGGAGGCUUUGCAGAAGGUUGAAGAGGCCCAAGACCAGUACCAGAACUGUUUGGCUGACGCUGGCGUCAGAAAAAUGGAUCUGGCCAACGCUAAGAGAACGAUCCUCUCGCAGAUCCGAGAGAUGGUCUUCCAGUGUGACCUCACACUCAAAGCUGUCACAGUAAACUGGUUUCAGAUGCAGCAAGCGCAGUCUGUUGCACUCCCUGCCCACUUCCAGGCCCUGAGUGAAAAUGCCAAGCUGUAUGAACCAGGAGGGUGCUACGCCGAGUUUGUUCGGAACCUGCCCAAACAUCUGCCUAAAGAGCACCUUCAGCCAGACUCCGUUUCUGACAUUUCCAGGUUUGCGUUCAGCAAGAGGUCGCAGGGCAGCACUCAUUCCUCUCAUGGAAACCUGUCGCAGGAAUCCGUCGCCUCCUGUGAUGACAUGGACCGGCCCGCGCACAUCAGCAAAAGCAGUAGCAGCACAGACAUACGUGCGCCGAGGAGCCAGGCCCCGCUGAGAGCCUGGGCCUCCAGCAGCCAGGGCAGCCAGGGCGGGAUGUGCAGCGACUCGGAGAGCGCUGGAGGCAGCAGCGAGUCCAGGUCCAUGGACUCUCCCACAGCCAGCCCAGGUGACUUUAAGCGUCGGCUGCCCAGAACUCCUUCUACUGGUACCAUGUCUUCAGCUGACGAUCUGGAUGAGAGGGAGCCCUUUACUCCCUUAGACAAUGGUCUAGCAGAGAUGGUGAUAGAGACGGCGAGCUCUCCUGGCCCGUUCCGAAAUGCUCAAAUGUCAAAAGCGGCUCAAACCCACAAGUUAAGGAAACUGCGAGCUCCUUCUAAGUGCAGAGAGUGCGACAGUCUGGUUGUUUUCCAUGGAGCUGAAUGUGAAGAGUGCUCCUUGGCCUGUCAUAAAAAGUGUCUGGAGACACUUGCUAUCCAGUGUGGUCACAAAAAGCUGCAAGGCCGGCUGCAGCUGUUUGGUAUCGACUUUGCUCAGGCAGCAAAAAACAGCCCAGAUGGGAUCCCUUUCAUAAUCAAGAAGUGCACGUCUGAAAUCGAGAGUCGAGCUCUCAACAUCAAGGGGAUUUACCGUGUGAACGGUGCCAAAUCACGGGUUGAAAAGCUCUGUCAGGCUUUUGAAAAUGGGAAGGACUUGGUCGAACUGUCUGAACUCUCACCCCAUGACAUCAGCAAUGUUCUCAAGCUCUACCUGAGACAGUUACCCGAGCCGCUUUUCUUGUAUCGAUUCUACAACAACUUCAUCGGCUUGGCAAAAGAGUGCCAGCGGGUGAUCGUGGAGGAGGCUGAUAAAUGUCAGAACAACCAGAUUAAAGACAAAUUUAAACCGAGCACCCGGAUGAAUGCAGUCAUCUUCAAGAUCAGAGACCUUCUCCGUCAGCUGCCCGCAGCCAACUACAGGACCCUACGACACCUUCUCGCUCAUCUGAACAAAGUUACUGAAGAGGCCGAAGAGAACAAAAUGACAGCAAGUAACCUGGGUAUUAUCUUUGGCCCGACGCUGGUGAAGCCACGGCAGAUAGACGCAGACGUGUCCCUGUCCUCCCUGGUGGAUUAUCCCUUCCAGGCACUGAUGGUUGAGCUGCUGGUGCGACACUUCCACACCAUCUUCCAUGAAGCUCCCAUGACUGGUCCUGAAAUUGCUCCCAGUGGCCAAGCGUCCCCCAGACUGACCCCCCAGGAGAAAGUGCGGCAGCUCAGCAGACACUCCAUGUCCCUGAUGGACAUCAAAGAGAGUUCCAAAGUGUACAAAAGAUAUUCGUCGGUAAUCCCGUCAUCGCACAUUCUGGAUGAGGUGCAGGAGGCCCAGCCUAGAAAAGACAAAAUUCUCAUCUCGGCCUCGGACCAAGUCAACGGGGUGCAGGCUUCAGGUGGGGCAGAAGCUCAGAAGUCGGCCUCGAGUUUCUCUGCCGCCACGUCAGCACCAAAGGUCCAGCUGCGCAACCAGCGUGUUCGACAGAUGUCCCGACCGAUCAGCAUGCCGCUGGAUCGCCUGCCCGCCCCGGCUCAGAUCAGCGAGAGGAACAACUGGAACACAUCGGACAGCGUUGAUGGAAGCCCUUCUCAGCGGGACACUGAAACUAUACAGGAGAUGCCAGAGCCUGAGAAGACUCGCCAGAGCGGCUCGUCCAGAGUGAGCACCUAUUACAUCACGCCUUUUAUUGACACACAGACGAUGCAAAGGAGGACAUGGGACAAGAAGUACAAGCACUAUCAAGUGACACCCAGAACUGCUAUGAUAGUUGCCAACCUGCCCCCUUCUGGCUCUGGAUUGCAGCCUGUAAAGACAACCGUGUCGGUCACCGUCUCCCCAACUACAAGCACUGCGUCCGUUGUCUCCACCACGAGCAGUGUGAGCACCAUAUUCUCCAGCAAUGUCGGCACCGUGUCAGACAAGCCGGUCAGGACUUUCUUAAGGGAAAAGAGCUCAGAGGAUUCAGCUAAUGAGUCCACCAGCUCACCGAAGCUUCCGCUAACACUCAGGGCACCACGGACUCUUCAACCCCCUCCUGGAACGUUCUACAAACCUCCAGUUUCUAACAACUGCAAAGCUUGGACUCUUCCGACCUGGACUAGCACUACAGUCUCCCCCUCGUCACUCAGUCCCACCAACUCUGCCCUGUCCCUACCCUCUUCUCCUGGCCUCACACAGGCACGUCACCAGACACAGGAUUCUACAGACAGCGCUAUCGACCCCGGGGUCUCGACCUCCCCUACCAUUUCACCCCCUCAGUCUCCUCCCCCGAGCAGCCCUGACGACCUCAGCCCUGUUGAGGCUAAACCCAGACUGCGACCUCGGCAUCUGGAGGAGCACGAACACAGAGAAGCUCAUUUUGUCUGACAGCAUAAACCAAACCUGUAAAUACGAGUUCAUCUUUAGCAACAUGUUUAUCAGCAAGCAAACGUUGGGAGAAGAUGCAGGCGUGUGAAAACGAACAACAGAAGUGUUCUAGGUUCUAAUGGGUUCUGUUUUACAACAUAAAGUCUCGGCGCCAACACGAGUUAGUAAUGCAGUUUUAGAAGAAAAAAUCAUCGGAAGCCAUUAUGACUGUUUACUGUUAUAUUAAACACGGUUACAAAAGUAUGGUUUUUAUAUGACAGAAUAUUUGCCAACAAAA